GUACUUCCGAGUAUAUCCACAUCUCCAACAUCUUCAAAAUCAAGCUCCUGAAUCCCCAAAUCCCUUCAACCUGUCAAACCAAAAAUAGAGACCAAUUCCCGAUCACACCAACACCAACACCAACACCAAGCACUUUGCACUUUCAUCCUCCGCCUCCAAAAUGUCGGCUUCAGGCAAAUUCCAGCCCAAGACGCCCGUCAACCUCGACCCUCCAAAUGAUGACCCUAUUUCACAAGAGUUCCUUUCAAAGUGUAACGGUGAGCACUCACACACACCCACAAUCGCGCAUCCGAGCCCGGACCUGAAGCUCUCCGCCGUCUGGUCCUUGCUCAAGCGCCAUAUUCUCCACCAGCUUGUAGUUGUAGUUGUUGCAACUCUUGCAACUCUUGCAGCUCCUGCAGUUCUAUGGCUGGCCCCAAUUCUUGGGCCUUCGGCUUGCAGUUGUCUCUGCAGUGGCCUCUGUAAACCAAAUGCGACUGCCACUGACGAUAGACAGGAGUUGAUGGCGGUUUGUGCUACGUUGCAAUCAAGGUAAACACGGACUCGUUCAUCCCAUGCCAGAUUUCCCGGGCCGUCGCUCCUAUCUGAGCACAUAGGCUGAUACCAAAGGGCUUGAGUAGGGCAAGGUAUUCGACGUCACAGGUAACAAAUCAUACCAGCCAGGCGGCUCUUACCACGGUGCGUUCCCGUUCCCGUUCCCGCACUUGCAAUAACAAUUGCCUUUUCCUCCACCCCUCCCCUCCCUCUUACAACCCAAUCCCGAGAACGGCUUCUCUUUUUAAAGAAUUACCCGAGUCGCGUCGGCAACCCGUGCAAAACCAUAGCUGAUGUUGUGUCCCCAUACACAGUAUUUGCCGGCCAUGACGCCUCCCGCGCCUUGGGUCUAAGCUCGACCAACCCGGAAGACGUUUCCCCAGAUUGGUCUACGUUGUCCGAGAAGGAGAAAGGGGUUCUUGAGGACUGGCUUACAUUCUUUUCGAAGCGAUAUAACAUUGUCGGCAAGGUCGAAGGAGCUACAAAUUUAUAAAGUCCCGUUGAUAAAGCCACUUGGAUCACAAACUGAGGACCUAUGUCGGGAUUAGGAUUGGCAAUAUUUGCACCCCCAUAUUCCAAAAUAAGUAGGCGAUGAGCUACGAAUUAAACGAUUUUCUUUCAAGCUUUCAAUAUUCUCACAUCGGGCUCGGAUAUACCUUCCGUUUCCUCUGUGUUUUGAAAGAAAACGUGAAGACCACUGGACAGGAAUAGAUACCCGUCUUAUUUUCGGUGAGGGCUGCAUAAUAUCGAUCCUCGACCUUUGGUCAAGAUGCGCCCACAUCUCCACCUGUCAAAGGAUCUCAUUCUCACCCAAAAACCCUGCAUAAAAUAGAAGGUCACACUUAUAGUAUGGUAGCGCUCCGCCUCCGCCGGUUUGCAACGCAACCUGAAGUGGCACCACAAGGCAAAUAUUCUCUCGAAGAACUCUGCUGCAUAUGCGUUUUUACACAACAUUUGUGGGGAUAAGUUCUGGAACCAAUCUCUUAUAUUAAUGCUUAUUGACCUCACGUUAUUCUCGCUUGGCACUCGCAAUUGAGCUACAAUGGUAUGUACCACAACCCCUUUCCAAUUCGUCGACGUCUGCAAGUUGAACUUUCAAAACCUCCAUUUUUAUUGCACACCUGUUUAUUACCAAUAGCGCUGCAUACAUUGCCGGGUCUUUUCACCAGUUAUUGUCCAACGACACGAACCCAUCUGGCGUUUCCCUCUAUCAUAAUAUAUGUUGCGUGUAGCAAAGAAAGACAUUGGUCUAGCUGGAAAAGAUUCUCUAUGCCACAAGACCACCAAACCAGUUCAACGCUAUCCAUCACACACCAACAAGAAAACUUACUUUCAGUCCUCCCGUAUUUAACCUCUACCGUCCGCCAUGACCUGUCCUAUUUUGGCAAGGG